GGUGGUUGGUUGCGCUCCGCUAGUCAGUCAGAGUCAGUAGUCAGUCGUUGACGCAAGUUUCGUACACACACGAAUGAAAUCUCACUGAAAUCGUGGAUGAAAAACCUAAGUUUUCGAUCGCGAAAAUAGGGCGUCCUUGUUACUAUAAAGUGAAUACAUUUUGGAGUUACUUUGUGCUACGAGGAUUAUUUUUCUUUACUUCAAGCACAAGCAAGGGAUCUGUCUGUCUGGCACGUUUCAAGUCGACGACGCCGUCAGCCAUCGGGUGGAGUGGAGCACACUUUUGACACAGUGUGCUGCGCAUGGGCCCGUCAACUGUAGUGCCUCCGCUCCAAGAUGGACGCGUCCCUCAUGUCGGAGAGCGACUUUGUGCUCAACGACGGCGAGGUGACGGUGGUCGCGGACCUGACGCUGGGCGCCGAGGCCAUCGCCAAGCAGCUGCAUGAUCCCGAGGACCUCAAGCGCGCCGUCAACAAGCAGGACGGCAGUGACAGCGGCGUGGAGCUGAACGGCGCGGAGCGGUCCGCCUCCCCGACGCUGGACACGCCGUUGACGGGCACACCCCGGGGGACGCCGAGCCUGCCCGGGCCGCCGCCAGGCCCGCUCGCGCACCUGGACUACGACGGCACCAGCGAAGGCGGUAGCGAGUCGUCCUCGGUGCUUUCGCACACCCCCGUCCGCAAGAAGGUCUCCUCCGCCUCCUCGUCGGCGUCCUGCUCUACGCCGGGUCGGCCCGCCGGCCACCCCCGCUCCAGGUCCGUGGCCUCCUCGGGGUCGGCCCCGGCCUCUGCCGCCGCGCCCGCGACUGCGCCCAAGCCCAGGGAGAGGUCGGUGGCGGGGCGUGGCGCCAGCUGCAGCAGGGGCCGGCAGCCAUCGGGCUCCGACAGCGGCGCGCUCGCAUCGUCCAGGACCGCGCCGAGGACUCAGCGCUCGGGCUCCUCGUCCGGGACGAGCUCUCUGAUGACGAGCAGCCUGACGGGCAGCCUGACCACUGGCAAUGUCCGCGGCAGGGGCACCACCAGGGCGCCGUCGGCGCCGCGGCCCGCGCCGCGUGGCACGGCGCCCGUCAUGACCACGUCCACGGACGACGGGCGCUGGCCGUCCACCGUGCAGCGCCCCACCACCCUCAGCCGCACCCGGGCAUCGAGCGUGGCCACCGACAGGGAGAGGAGGAGCGUGUUGCCUGGCAUGACGAGCUCCAGCAGCAAAAACAGCGUCAACUCUACCAACUCCGCCUCAACGCCAUCGCCCACUAUCGAGUCCAAGUGUGACAAGUUCUCCACACUUCCCCGACGACGGCGCCGUCGCUCCGUGGAGAGCAUCGAGAGGACGUCCACGGCCGGCUCGCAGACCGCCCGCAAGCAGAAGGUGACUCUCUACCAUGAGACUGGCGCGCAGACGGCACUCACCAUCCAGGACCUCGACGACUUGCUGGGCGGCAAGGCGUGCCAGCUCAAGCCCGUGGACGCCAAGGAGCAUUGCCACCAGGGCGUGCAGGUGGACAGGGAGCGCGACGACUUCGCCACCCUCAUGCUAGACAGGCGUCUCAAGGCUAUCAUCGACAUGCUUGGGUUCGAGCACUCAGGGGCUCCCCGGUCACCCGGCGGCAACAUCACUUCCACGGUGCAGACCCCACCAAAGGAAAUUGACCACACAGCAUGGAUGAAAUCAUUAGAGCUUCUGGAGCAAAGAGCCACCACAAUUAAAAAGCGUGACUUACUUCAAAGGAAUGAGAUAGGACGUCUAAGAUAUGAAGUGGAGCACUCAGACAGACUUCGGAAGCAACUCCUGAAGCAUCAAGAGGAGACUGAAGCAGAGACCAUAGAAAUGCACGAGUUUUUGCAGGUCGAAAAGUGCAUGAUGUCCGAGAGUUUGAAGGAAGCGGAGAGAGAAGUACAAGACCAGAGAAAGACAAUUGAAAGCUUGAAUGAGGAGCUUGAGAAACAGAGAGAAGAGUGUCAACAUCUUGUGCGCAUUAGUGAACAAAGGAGACAAGAAGUUCUCACCGUACAAGCUCGUGUAGCCGCCCUUGAACAGCGAUCACGAGAAUCACUUCUUCAACAGGGAGCAGCAGUGUCUGGUGCUUCUGUUGCCUUAUCUGCUCUAAGAGUUCGUUUGGAUGAAUUGGCGGUGCAGCUUGAGGAAAGUUCUGUUGAAAAAGCUCUAUGUACAUUGACUACAGAAGCAGAGGCUGUCACAACUCGAACAAAAGAAGUCUGCAGACCUUUAAGUCUUCAUUUUGAGAACAAUUUCCAAACUUUAGACAAUGUGACUGAACCAGAACUUGAAGAAGAAGGAGGCGGACAACGGGAUAGCACCAUUUCAGAAAACAAUGAUACUCGCCUUGUAAAUAGUGAAAGUAUUCAAAAUCUAUCUGCUGCUAUUUUCCGGCGUCUACAGGAGGAAUCAUUAAAAACUGAAUCAAGUACAACUGACGAAGCUCCUGGUAACUUGAUAGACCAAGUUCUUGACAUUGACUCUUUAAUAACAAGAGUCCUACGUGCCAUCAGCGAUGCUGUUCACUCCAAGAAACCUGCUUCAGAGGAGUCCAGCCAAAAUAUAGACAUCAAUCAGAAGGUUGAAACCAAAGUGUUUCAAAAAAUUGAAGAUGAGACUGAAGCCACCAAACCGAAUCAUAUUCCAAUACUGAAUGGUUCCAGUGAAGGAUCAUGUAGUGAUAAAAGUGUAGCUGUAAGCCUAAAAUCAGAACCUGUGACCGGUGCUGCCUGAAGUUGUAAAUAUAUUUUUUUUAUCAUUCAGAGAUCCCUGUACUGUUUUUGAUUUAAAGGUAAAUAUCAAUUAUCAUUCACAUUAGUCAAAAAAGAAAACAAUAGAUAACAAUAGAUGCUUUACUUGUCAAAUUAUGCAAUAAGUAACUGUGAGUCUACAUGAGAGAAACUUUGUUUUCUUGAAUAAACUUGGAGAUUAAAUAUUUGAUUCCUUCAUAUUAAAUUGUAGUUAUAAAUUCUAUAGCAGUGUAAUUUUGUGCAGUAAUAUAGGAAUGUACAGAUUUUCUUGUUUCUAAAACAUUCUAAAGUAUUUUCAAACUGCUCUGUACAUGUUGGUUCGUUCAAAUUUAAUCAAUACAAGUGAACCUGUGUGGUUGGUGUUUAUGUGAACUAUGAAUUUUGUCACUCUUCCAAAGAGAAGCUUACUUAGUAAUUAAAUCCAGACAGCUGUGAAAUAUAUUUCCAGAUUUCAGGUCUAUAUGCAUACUAGUAUGAUAUUUUGAUUAUAUGGCUUAUUUGUACUUAUUUUUCUCUCAGACCUUUUCCAGUAUUUGAAAUGAUCAAUGUAAUCAAAGGGCGUUAAAACCAGUAGAGAUGUUUAUUAUCAGAAAUGAGUGUGGUGUCCGUCCUAUUAAAUUGAUGCCAUUUUUAUGUGUUGAUGUGGUGAAUUACUGAAUGUUUUAGUAAUUUAAGGGAAGAUGGGCUCCAUUUUAAUUUCCUGUUUGUGAGAUUUGAAGACUGUUAACUGAUGACUGUUACAGGAAUUGAACGAGUCAUUGUUAAAUACUAUGCGAUCUCUUAAGUUGGCACUUUUGCUCCAAAAUUUGAAAUGCCUAGAAAUUUACUUGUUUUGCUGUGAAAAAUAAAAAAAUACACCUAGAAA